CCGCAGCGCCGGAUAUCCGCCGAGUGACCCUUGCGAGUCCUUCUUGCUCGUGAAGUGGGGUUGUGUCCGCUAGUGCAGCUCGUGGAAUUCGGAACCGACGCCGGACAUGGGGCUGGAGGAUGAGCGCAAGAUGUUGACAGGGUCCGGAGACCCCCAGGAGGAGGAAGAGGAGGAGGAAUUAGUGGAUCCCCUAACAAAAGUGAGAGAGCAGUGCGAGCAACUGGAAAAAUGUGUAAAAGCUCGGGAGCGAUUAGAGAUGUGUGACCAACGUGUAUCAUCCAAGUCACAAACAGAGGAGGAUUGCACUGAGGAGCUCUUUGACUUCUUGCAUGCACGGGACCACUGUGUGGCCCACAAACUCUUCAACAACCUGAAAUAAAUGUGCAGUAAAUGUGCAGACUCACCCAGUCUUCACCUGGGUAUCAGGAUAUUUCCUUAUAGUUUUGAACAUGCCAUUUGUUUCUUACUUGAAAAAGUUCAUGUGGACCUCAUGGAUUUGGUAAUAAAGUAACUCCUGUGUAAUUAGUAGUGAUCUCAACAUAAUAAAUUCCAUUGUUGUGCA